GGCCGAGGCGCAGGUGCCCGGCAUUGGGCUGAUUACAGGAGCAGGCGGCUCUCCCUUUAAAUGCACCUGGCUCUGUGGGCCCAGCUGGGCUGUGUUACUAGCCCAGCCGGGCACAGACCUGGCUCCUUGCCCCCGGCACUGCUCUGCAGCUCUCCAGGCAGGGGCUCCUCUUCCUUCCUUCCUUGCAAUGACCAGCUGCUUGCAUGAGUACCUGCUGCCCCUACAGAGCGGGCUCCCCCCAGCCUGGUGCCUCUCCCCAGGUGCCUAGAGGAGGCCUGAGCAGCUGCAGUCCUGCUGCCCUCCUGCAGCCAGAGCCAGGGCUUUCCCUUCUCCCCAGGGCACGGGGGCAACCCCUUCCUGGGGGACUGGGCUCUUCCCUGCUCUCAGCAGCUCCAGGUGCUCACUUCCUGGGAGCGCUCCUGGCACGGGGAGCUGCCGGCCUGGGGGGCAGCAUCCACACCUGCAUGCCGCCUCCGAGCCAUGCUGCUGCGCUCGGGGAAGAUCACACCCCGGGUUAAGAGGCCGCAGCGUCGCAGGGGGAGCGGCGCUGACCUGGGGGACGUGGAGCCGCCGACCGCCGAGACCAGCACCCCUCAGCGGGCCAGGAGCCGGGGCCGAGGCCCGCCUGAGGAAGGAGCCAGGGAGCCCGUGACGCCAGCCAAGGGCCGUGUGGCGCGGGUGCACUUCGACCUGGACCCAUCCAGCCCGGACAAUGCAUCUCCUCCCCCAAGGAGAGUGGAUGGCUCUGCGAGCCCCCAUGCCCCACCUGCCUCCGAGGGGCUCUACUUCGGGGGCCUGCUGCCACCCCAGCCCGACGACCCCAACGCCGUUGGCCUGUGCUUCCCCAAAGGCCUGCCCUCCGUGUCCAGCCCACGGCCCCCGAGGAAGGAGGUCCCCAUCAAGACCCGCAGCAUCCCCGAGAGCACGCUGGUCCUGGAGCUGGAGGGGACACUAGUCUGCUGCUCCCUGAUCCCUGACCGCCUGCCGGACGCUGACUGCACCUUCCCCGCCGACUUCCAGGGCGACCGCUACCAGAUCUUCGUCUUCACCACGGCCAAGCUGGACUACACAGAGCGCAUCUUGGAGGUCCUGGACCCUCAGAAGAAGUUGAUCAGACACCGGCUGUACCAGGAGGACUGCCUCUGCGUGCGGGGCCACUACCUGAAAGAUCUUGCCAUGCUGGAGAGGGACCUGGCUAAGACCGUGGCUCUGGACCACUCCCUGCAGGCCUACCCCUACCAGGUCUCCAACAGGGUCCCGAUCCCCAGCUGGCACGGGGACCCCCAGGACCAGGAGCUGCUGCGGCUCAUCCCUGUGCUGGAGAAGCUGAGCCAGGCCAGCGACGUCCGGCCCGAGAUCCGGAGGAGGUACCGGCUCUGCAGGCUGCUGGCCGAGGACUGAGGCUGACCCCGGACCCCCAUAGGAGGUGCAUUGGCCAAAGCCUUGCCCUAAAACCUAUGAUCCGCAGCUGGGCAGGCGCUGGCACUGACCUUGCUCCAGAGGAGCAGGGCCCUGGGGUCCUGCAGCCUCUUCUCCUUUUGGCUUUCUAAAUCUUGCAAGCCACGGAUCUCUGAAGCAGCCUAGUCUUGGGGUACCCUGCUUUGGGAGACGACACCAAGCUCCUGCCCUCUGCCCCUUCUGUCUUCUCUGGUCCUGGGAACAGCCCCUUCCUUCCAGGCACUUGGGCCUGGUCACUGCAUUGGCUGGGGGCUGCAGGGUGAUUGAUUUACUGCAAUAG